AUGGUGGACAACAACCGAAGGCCUGCUGGAAUGGCUAGACAAGGCUGGGGCAGUGCCACCGUGGAGAAGGCUUUCUGCUGGUGCAAUGGGGUCUGGAGUGCCUUUGCCUGGUACAAUGCGGCCUGGAGUGCCUUUGCCUGGUACAAUGCGGCCUGGAGUGCCUUUGCCUGGUACAAUGGGCCCUGGAGCGGCCAACCUUGGAAUGCCUUUCUUGCCUGGUACAAUGGGCCCUGGAGCGGCCAGGCUUGGAGUGCCUUUAAUGCCUGGUACAAUGUGCCUUUGGUGCCUGGUACAAUGGGCCCUGGAGCGGCCGGGCUUGGAGUGCCCUUUCCUGGUUUUCCGCCAAUGCCAGCAGCACCUGCUUUUCCGCCAGUGCCAGCACCUGCAUUUCCGCCAGCAGCACCUGUUUUUCCGCCUUUGGUGCCGCCGCCUAUCCAGUUGCCUCCUGGGUUUGUCUGGCGGGCAGUGGCAACUGGAGAUGGAAGAGCAGAGGCUCCAGCAGAGCCGCCGGCUCCGCCGGCUUCGCCAACUGUUGCUGGGGACACGACAGAGGAGGAGGAUGACAACAAGACCAUCAUCCCGGAGACACAAGACAGAAAGAAGCACAGCUCGCCAGUUUCGCCUGCACGGCUGGAGGAGGUGGAGGAGGCCGUGUUUCUGUUUCCAAGAAACAUUCUAAGUAGCAUUGUCGCUAGGCCCAGGGCGGCCAAAGAGGAGGAGGAGGAUCUGGAAAGGCCUCCGUCCGUGGAGGUGGAGGCCAUCAGCAGGAGCCGGUGCCUUCUGAGAAGCGGCGAAGGAGCUUGCCCCAGCCGCCGGGGGAGAAGCGGCCGCAGUGAGAUCGCGGCAGCUCAGCUUGACCUCGACGGCGAACCGUUGACGGAAGCAGAGGCCGCCCCAGAACAGGAGCAGGAGGCACAGGAGAAGGAGGCCAAGAAAACUAAGCCGGGGAAGCAGCUCAAGGAGGGGGACAACAACAACAAGAACGUGACCAGACAGGAAAGCUUCGCUGACAAGGCUUUGCAGUGGAAGCUUGCAGCCGAGGACAAAGCCGAGGCCCAGGAGAAGCCUAAGGAGGAGCCCGAGGCAGAGGAGCAGGACGGCGACGAGGAGGACGACCAGGGCGGCGAAAAGAGGGACCUCGCCAAGGCCAGGAAAUUCAAGAGAAUGUCCGAUGCCGGUGCAAUCCCGGAACACAUUCAGGAGGUUCUGAGCAAAGCGGAGACCCGUGCUGCCAAGACGGAGCUGAUCAACGAGCUGUUCGACAAGAACGACAAAGGCAAGCUGAUCAUGAAAUCCGACAAGCCCGUGUUCGAGACCACGAAGCAGGCCAAGCAUCAGAAGUUUGGUCGAGAUGAAACCAUGGGGGCACCAAAGGAUGUGCUUUUGCACCGGGACUACCAUGGCGAUGAAAAGGCUUUGGAUGCUUCCAUUGCAAGGGGCACGGUGAUGGUGUGGCUGCAGGAUGGGGUAGAGUUCGCGGGCUAUCGGCAAACCGUUGCCGGGAUUGGCAAGACGGUGGAGGACAAGCACCAAGCGAAGAGUGGUGCCAAGGAGAUCACCGACGAGACCUUUCAGGCCCUCGACAAGGCCUUCCGAGCCAUGACCUUUUCGUUUGAUCAAGAUGACCAGCCCCGCCAGGCGAUCGCAGCAGAGGCAGCAAGCUCGAAGGAGCCCCCCGUCCUCAAGCAGUUCACGGAGUCCCAGCAAGCUUUGCUGGAGGAGGCCAAAGGAGCGAUGGAGCGGCUUCAUAGUGCUGCUAUGAGGAUGAUUUCAAAAUGCUCGCAAGCGAAGGACAAGGAGAGCUUCAAGCCGCACAUGCUUGCUAUGAAAUCAUGGAUGGACAGGGACGACCACCUGUUGCUAUGGAAAGAGUUCCCAGACUCAGAGCGGCCCCUCACCGCUGCAACCUUCAAGGACUACAUGUGUGAGCAUUCCGAAACGGCGGUUUCCUUGAACGAGGAGUGCGAGAAAUUCAAAGCCCUUUUGAAAGCAAGGCGAGGUGGAGUGCAGCAGAGGAUCCAAAAAGUUGAAGCCAGAAAUGAUGCAGCUCCUGUUGCGAGCAAUCUGGCACAUGAGCUGUUGGAGCGAUGGUCGUGGGGCGAAGUGAGCCCUCAGGUGGUCCAAAAGCUGGCAGCUGCCUCCCAAAGGGACUUUCAAGCUGUCGGAGCGACACCGCCCAGCGAAGUCGCUGCUUUAGCUGGCUUGGGAUCUGCUGGUCUGUAUCCGAAUAAUAUGCACAAGGAGAUUCUGAAAAUCGCCAACAAGAACAAUGCUUUUUCGAAGCCCUUCGCUGUCAAAAUGAGCUUCAAGCCACCCUGGGACAAACUGCUUCAGACGAUGCUUCUUCCACAUGUGGUAUUUUCUGAUCUUUACCACUCUUACCCAGCCGCCUUUGCAAAGUUCAUGAUGCCUUCUGGAGGUAUUCAGAAACUUAAAGAAUUCUGGCGCCUUCAGAAGGCGGGUCAUCCCGCUUGGCGAAACCACCCGAUCGUCAGCAAGAAGUCCUUCGAUGCCGAGCAUACCCUGCCUUUACAGCUACACGGGGACGGCACCCCUGUGGUGGGGAUAGGGAAAAUCUGGAGCAGGCAGCUGACCUCGUACACGUGGAACAGCCUUCUGGCAGAGGGGUGGACAAAGGACAGUAUGAUGCCAUCGUGGUUUUGCUUCGAUGAGACCGAGGCUGGAAAAGAAACGAAAGAUAAAUUUAUCCGAAUCAUCUGUUGGUCGUUUGCCUGCCUUGCCAGUGGAGUCUGGCCAGCAGCCAACCACUUGGGUGCAAAGUAUCCCGCCGGUACCGUGGAAGCCCGUCGAGCCGGGACGCCGCUGGCGAAUGGACUGCGAGGCAUCAUCUGGAGUUUGAAUGGCGAUGCCGAAUAUUUGGUGCAAAAGCUGCAGUUGCCGCAUUACGGAUCGAAAGCAUCCCCGUGUGCCCUUUGCAAGUGCAGAGGCGACAAUUCCGAUUCGAGCUGGCAUGAUUGCCGAACAAGUGCUCGGUGGCUCACGUUGGGAUGGACAAGGGAAUCAUGGUUGGCAUACCCGGAGCGAUCAUCGAGCACCAUCUUCUCCAAUGCCACUGGUCUCACCCCAUUGAACGUGCACUACGAUUACAUGCACUGCAAGUACUUGGGGGCAGAUCAGAUCAGCUUCGGGUCGGUCCUUGAUUUGUUGGUGAGUCACCUCAUGGCAGACUCACCACUAACAAAUCUGGGACAAUGCUGGGACAAAAUCGUUACCUCGUACAAGAGACUGGGAAUCUCCGAGAGGGCGGGCCAGAUUGCUGCUUUUGGCGAGCCCCUGUUGGAACUUUGGGAGGAGCACAUGCAUCCUGAUCUUGCUGUGCACUGCAAGAUCAGGACGUACUUGCGACUGAACAUCGCCAUGGAGAAGAUCAUGAAGGAGUGCCGAGCCGAGACUGCUUUCCCGGAGCCCCAGGCGACCAACUUCAUCGAAUAUGCCUUCGCUAUGUGCAAUCUUCAUAUGGAGUUGGGGGCACACUUCGAGACCGAAGGCCUCAAGCUUUUCAGCCCUUUACCCAAGCUGCAUCUGCUUUUGCACACGGUUUUGCUUUGCCGCCACAUCAACCCAAGACUCACUUGGUGCUACAAAGGCGAGGACCUUCAAAAGGUCAGCAGGAGUUUGGCCGCCAGCUGUGCCCGAGGACUCAGAGGACCGGCGGUGACGGUGAAAAUGGUGAGCAAGCUCAGGGCGGCUUGGAACCUGAGGCUGAGCAAAGUCUCUGCAGACUGA